UUUUUCUUAUUUUUAAACUUUUUUUUCGCAGGGACCCCAAUUCUCCGGGAUUGCCAAAAAAUUUUUUAGGCCGUGGCCGUCCAGUUCAUGGACGUUUUGGCAGUGCCAGUAAUAUUAGUGAGCAACCAGCACCUUCAAAAACCUGUCAAAAGAAGCAACAAGCUUUUAAACAAAAUAUUUUGGGAAGUCCAGGGGGAGAUACUGUAGUCUCCUCUGAGGAUGCUGCCAGCAUUAGAGAUGGUGGUGGAGGAGGAAUUGUUUCUUCUCCGACAAAUACAAAUGAAUUUUGGGCGUUAAAUGAUGUGAAUUGUCAAAAUUUGGAUUCUUCUCCCCCUCCAAAUAACAACAGCAAAAAUAUUAUUUCCCGUCGUCGUCAAAUGUCUAAUUCUGCUUUGGUUGCUUCCACACAAUCAAAUAACAAUAAUAAUAAUAUUCAACAAAAACAACAUCAACAUAAUUAUCGUAACCGUGUUGGUUCAAAUGGGCACAGUAAUAACACCAACAGCAAUCCAAAUUCGUAUUCUUCAACUUCUCGUUUAUUUAAUCGCCACAAUAAACGGCGUUGUACUUCUCCUUCAAACCAAAAAACAACAAUUUUAGUUGAACAACAACCAGCCGUUCCAACAAAUUUAUUUAAUUCUUCUACGCCUUUAUUUGGAAAUAAUGGAGGAGGGGGAAUUGGAAUUGCUGGAGGAAAUGGUGGAGGAGAGGGAGGAGGAGGUGGAGGAAUUAAUCUUGGUGGAAAUUUAAAUAUUAAUAGCAAUGAAUUAAUGGGAGCUGUUUUGGAGAAAAUUACUUCAACGAAUAAUGGAUUUGGAUUCAAUCCAUUUAUUUAUUUGCAACAAUUAAAUGGAUUCUUCCCAACAUUUCAAAAUAACGCAACUCCAAAUAUUGCUUCGUCUAAUGUGCAGCAUGCUAUUAGAAAUGCAAAUGAAAAUAAUUGUGCUAAUUUUAAGCAAAAAGAUUCGAAUGGAGAAACUUUUUCUCCAUCUUCUAUUGGAAUUAAUACUUCUGAGGGACCUCAAACAAUGCUUUUGAAAGAAUGCCUUUCAAUUAGCCAGAAAUUUUUGAAAGAAAUUAAUGACGGAGAAAUGAUGACAAAUUCGUCUAAAAAUAAUUUAAAUAAAAAUGGACAUCAAAAUAAUAAAAAGAAGAGAAUUGGAGAAGAAGGAGGGCAUAUUUAUGAGAAUUACAAUAAUUUGGGAAAUAACAUUGCUGACAAUCCAAAUUGCCAUUCUUCAUCAUCAACAACAGCUUCUCCGUUACCUACAGCAAAUUUUCAUCAUUUAAAUACUCUUAACAACAAUUUUGACAUUCAUUCAGAAGAACCUCUUUAUUUUCCUCAAAGUCCUGCUUUGUGUAAAAUUUUGGAAGGUCCAGGAUUGGAAAAGACUGUUUUCAAUACUUUUACUUCUUCUAAUGAACUUAUUGAGAAAUUUGACCUCUCAAUUUUUGAACAUCUUCUCGAAAAACAAUCAAUCGCUUCUGGUUCUUUAUUAACUCCAGAACACAAAAAUCAGGUCUCUAAUGUUCGUGCUCAACUUGGAUUACAAUCUUUUGAAGUUAUGUUUGCUGUUCAUAGACUUGAUUCAAAUAUUCUCAAACCUGCCCAAGUCCAUUUGGUUGGAUGUAUUGCCCCAACGAAGUCUGAUAUUCGUCGUUUUGCUUUAUUUGAACAACAACAUUCUAAUAAUAAUAAUUCUGGAAAUAUUUUGUUUGAUAAAGAUGAACAAUUUGUUAUUGAGUUAUCCAAAAUUGAACGUUUACGUGAAAAACUUGCUGUAAUGGCUUUUGUUGGUGAAUUUAAUGAACGCUUGUCACAGUUAAAUAAAGUAAAGUUUAUUAUUUUGAUUUUUCAGAAUUUUAAAAUAUUUUUUUCCUUUUUUCAGCAAAUUCAGCGUCUUUCUUCAGCAGCUACUUUACUUUAUAAUUCACCUCAUUUCCACAUGCUUUUACAUUUAUUAUUAAUUGCAAUUAAUUUAUUAAGUGGAGAUUUUACUAUUAAAUUAAUUAAAGCAUUUCGUCCAUCUAAAUUGCAAUCAAUUUGUUCUUUUAUUUUUCCAAAUGGAUUUUCUUUAUUACAAAUUCUUGCGAAAAUUGUUGAAAAACAUUAUCCUGAAUUGGCUAAUUUUGUUAGCAACGAAAAGAGUUUGGUUAUUGGAGAGGCUGCAAAAGUCAAUUUUGCUUGUAUUUCAAAAGAAUUACAUUUGUUAGAACGUGGGCAAUCACUUGUUGAAGAAGAAUUAAUUUAUCUUGCAGAGGAAACAACUUCUAAUAAUGGGUGUGGAAAAAGUCAACAGCAACAACAAUUAGCUGCUUUUUCUGCUCAUUUAACUACAGAAAUUGUUCACUUAAAAGAGUCUAUGCAAAGCUUAAAGAACCAAUUAACUAAUACAUUAAACUUCUUUGGUGAAAUUGAAGAGGAACAAGAUUAUGAAAAUAAUAAUAAAUAUUCUAACAAUAAUUUCCAAAAAUUAUUCCAUCCUGAACGUUUCUUUGAAGUUAUUGCUAAUUUUCUGGCUGAUUUAAAUGAAGAAUUGAAAAAUCAGUAAAUGGUCAACAAUGAAUAUAUUUUUGUGAUUAUUUUAAAUUUAUUUGCAAUUUGUUUUUUUUUUGAUUUCAUUCCUCUCUCCCUAAUGCAAUUUUCAAAUAUUAAUUUUCGUGCAAUUUAAUCUAUUUAAUUUAAAAUUUAAUUUUCCCCUAAAACCUCUAAUAUAUUUUAAUUAUUGCACUAUUAUUGUCUUUAAAUUAAGCACACACACAUUCCACAAAAUAUAUUUUAUUUUGAUUUAUUUUUUGUCGUUGAGAUUCAAUUAUGGGCAUUUAUUUGAAAAUAAAGAUUUGGUAUUUU